AUGACUGGUUCGUCUUCACAAUUUCAGCAGCUCGAAAAGCUCGGAGAAGGAACUUAUGCUACCGUGUAUAAGGGACGAAACCGGAACACGGGGGCUCUUGUGGCUUUAAAAGAGAUCAAUCUCGACUCGGAAGAAGGCACGCCGUCCACCGCCAUCAGAGAAAUAUCAUUGAUGAAGGAAUUGGACUACGAAAACAUCGUGACCCUUUAUGACGUGAUCCACACUGAAAAUAAAUUGACACUUGUAUUUGAGUAUAUGGAUAAGGACUUGAAAAGAUAUAUGGAGACCAAUGGUAACAACGGAGCACUUGAGUUGCACGUUGUCAAGUCAUUUAUGUUUCAACUUUUGAAGGGCAUCAUGUUUUGUCAUGACAACCGAGUACUUCACCGGGACUUGAAACCACAGAAUUUGUUGAUCAAUGGCAAGGGAGAACUCAAGUUGGGUGAUUUUGGACUUGCUCGUGCAUUUGGUAUACCAUUCAACACAUUCUCCAACGAAGUGGUUACGUUAUGGUAUCGUGCUCCAGAUGUUCUUUUGGGCUCUCGUGCUUAUACAACUUCAAUUGAUAUCUGGUCUGCCGGGUGUAUUUUCGCUGAAAUGUGUACUGGUAAGCCUCUCUUUCCAGGUACUACCAACGAGGACCAACUCAUCAAAAUUUUUAGGCUAAUGGGAACCCCCAAUGAGAGAACAUGGCCAGGAAUCUCAUCGUACGCCAACUAUAAGAGCAAUUGGCAGAUAUUUGUUCCCCAAGACUUGAGGUCGUUGAUUCCAAACCUUGAUUCCAUGGGUCUCAACCUUCUCUCGAGUCUUUUGCAAAUGAGACCAGACGCCAGAAUCACUGCCAGACAAGCGUUGCAUCACCCGUGGUUCCACGAAGUAUCAAAUCCUAACCCGUUGUUGCAGCACAUGUCAGACCCAUACCAACGGGAGUACCGUCCUGAGCAACAGCAAUAG